CAUACCACAUUGGAUCCAGAUUUCAGGCCUAUAUCCAUAGGCUGGGAUUAUACCAUCCAGGUGCUACAUCUAGAGUGAGUCUAUAGCUCCAAACACUGCUCUUAUACUGAGAUGUCAACACCACUGACAGUUUAAAGGAAAUAUCUUGCACAGAAUGUAUAAUACCCAGCAAACAUGAUAUUUAGCAGAAGAGUGGUUGUUGUCAUAGCACUCACUUGUAUAUGCCUUGUGCUUUUGGGGGUUUUUGUGGAGGUACAGUUUUUGAAUUUCUGCACCAUUUGCUAUCAAAGAGCCUUGAGCCAUGAACGUGAUGAAAGAUUUUUUACACUUUUACCAAAUAUAAGCUGCAAAAAUAAUCCACCUUUUCUAGUUCUGCUAAUAACCAGCACCCAUGGUCAACAAUCUGCACGAAUGGCAAUCCGACAAUCAUGGGGAAAGCCAAGAACCAUCCAAAAACAAAAUGUAGUUGCCUUCUUUCUUCUGGGUUCCACUGUGACAUUGCAACAUGAAGACCAAGCUAAUCUUGUUGAUGAACACAAUAAAUACAAUGAUAUUAUUCAGAAGGAUUUUAUUGAUGCAUAUUCCAAUCUAACCAUUAAAACUCUUAUGGGACUUGAAUGGAUUCAGUAUUUUUGUCCAGAAGCAACUUUUGUAAUGAAGACUGAUACAGAUAUGUUUGUCAAUACAAUAUAUCUUGUCGACUUGCUUCUACAGAAAAAAGUUACUGCAAACUUUUUUACCGGUUUCUUAAAAUUAAACGACUCUCCUAUACGUAACACAAAGAGCAAGUGGUAUAUUAGUAAUCUCGAAUAUCCAUAUGACAAAUAUCCACCAUUUUGCUCAGGGACGGGUUACGUAUUUUCUGCAGAUGUGGCACUGAAGAUCAUGAAUGUCACAUCAAGCAUACCAUUUAUUAAACUGGAGGACGUCUAUGUAGGAUUAUGCUUGGACAAAUUGAAAAUACCUCCACAGGAGCUUCUUAACAAGCAAACCUUUUUCCCUGCGCGUGUGCCUUUCUCAGUGUGCAAGUACCGAAAUAUUGUAACUUCCCACGGAGUGCAACCAAAAGAUAUUCUGCUUUAUUGGGAAGCUGUAGAGCAGUCAGAAAAUCAAGAAUGCUAAAAAACUAUCUCUGCCCUUCAGUGGCACCAAUCUUGUUCAAUAUCAUGUGUGACUCUGACAUGGAAAAGGAGCUAACCUUUUGGCAUCUUUCCACAAUGUCUUUUUCUCCCCAAGUAAAAUCAAGUUUAAAAUG